AUGAACGCGAUAAAGUUCCAACAUUUAAGCCUCACCAACCCGCAGCUGUCGCUUGCUGCAAGUUUCAAUGCGAACGAUUUGUCCGAGUUCAAUCGGGCACUUCGUAAUGGGGCGAACGUGAAUCUGCGUGAUCGUGACACGACAUACUCGGUGUUUGAAUUAGCAUGCAAAACUCCCGGUAAAAAACAAUUCAUCCGAGCCUGCCUGAAUCGUGGAGCGGUCGUUUCAGAGAGAAACCCCGAGACCAACGAGUAUCCCAUUCAUCUGGCUGCUCUGUCCUUCGAUAGUGACAAUCUUGCGGAGCUGCUUGAAUUACCGCGCGUCUUUGUCGAUCAGAAGUUCGAAGAUCGCACUGCACUGUUUUUACUGUUCGAGCAGAUCGAUGGCAAUAACUGGAGGGAAGUGUUUGAGUGUAUCAAGCUGCUGUUAAAAUACCACGCCAACAUAAACGCAACGGAUGCAAAUAGCGUUUCACCUAUAGCGCGACUUGUUAGUGAUAACGACCCUUGGCGGAAGGAAAUAUUGGAAUACUGUCUGCAAAACUAUAGCGUGAACGUGGACUUUCGUCGUAAGCAAGCACGAAAAGCGAUCGAGAAACACUUUCCGGGCACAACCAUUCCAGAAGUCGAUAUGGAAAAUGUAACGUUUGAAGUGCUGCGGAACAAAUUAACAGCCGAAACAGAGGAUGAUUUUCUAGCGGCGUAUGAAAAAUACAGGCGUCAAAAUGAAGGUCACGUGUUGCGCGAUGAAGAAUUUACCGAUCUUUUAUCGUACGCAGUCUACCGAGCAAAGCAGAUUGCUGCCCAGAAGCUUCUCGAGGAGAGGAUUGCUGGAGGGAAAUUUGCUGGAAAACCGGUGCUCCUGUCUACACUGUUGGCCAAGUGCUGUAAUCAAGGAAACGUUCCGAUGCUAGAAAUGCUGCUAAAAAUCAUUCCGGAUGAUCAGAUUGGGUUGAUAAACGAAGAUCCGCUACUUUCGCUGCUGGUGAAACAGAUUGACGUAUACAAGGACAAGAAUAAGUGUCCGUUCUUCAAAAGCAUGGGCAUUUUGUUGAAUGAUCCACGCACAGAGGUUGACAAAAUCGAUGAAAAGCGUUACACUGCGAUGCACUACGCGGUGAAGUACAAGAUUGAUCAUGCCCAGGAGCUGCUGCUUGCCAAAGGUGCUUACGUCGGGGGCGAAAAUAUAUUCGGCGAGUCGCCGAUCAGUGAGAUGGAUUCGUUCCUGUUGGAGAAGCAUUUGGACUCGUGCGUUACGAGCAACGAUCGCAAGCCCGGCGAUGAGGAUUACGAAGUGAGGAUAGAUUUCUCAAACUUCAUACCACCGGCACAGAAACCGAACUAUGCAGAACCGGCCAAGGUCGCGUUUGGUGGUUUACCGUACGAAGACGAGAUGCAACCGAUCGUACGGAUGGCACAAUCGUCCAGCUCCAAACGAUUGCUUCGGCAUCCGGUGAUAUCGAGCAUUUUGUUGCUAAAGUGGCUAAAGCUGAUAUGCUUCUUUUACAUCAAUCUCAUUAUCUGUACGACGUUCUUCGUUUCGUUCACGAUGUACGUGGUGUUCUGCUACGGACGGGAGGACGCUCCGUUCAAGCUGUUCUUCUACUUCGUGUCGCUAGCUGGAUGGAUAUAUCUGAUCGCACGAGAGUUGAUUCAAUUUUUGCUGAACAUGCGCAUGUAUGUACGAUCGCUGGAAAAUGGUAUGGAAGUGCUGCUCAUCCUUACGUCCGGUGCGGUGUUGAUGCGCGAGUUUGGCGAUGAGACUCGGCGCGUCGCAUCUGCCUGCGUCAUUCUGCUGUCGGCGUUGGAGUUUACGUUGCUGGUCGGCACACUGCCUGUGCUGUCCAUCUCCACGCACAUGGUUAUGUUGAAAACGGUGUCGAUAAAUUUCCUUAAGUGUCUGGUAUUAUAUUCGAUAAUACUGCUAGCAUUUGCGUUCAGCUUUUACACACUGUUCCGGGUGAACGGAAGCACUAAACCGGUCGAUGCGAACACUGUGGAAAUGGCCACCGAACAGCGUGGUGCUGAUGACGGUGAUGACGAUCAGUUUAAUCAGUUCGGGGAUGUUCCGCUUGCAUUGAUGAAAACAGCAGUAAUGUUGACUGGUGAAUUUGAAGCGGCGAACAUUAAAUUUCAACAGUCGAGCUUGAGCUAUGUUAUUUUUGCACUAUUUUUAUUCUUCGUCUCUAUCGUACUGUUCAAUCUGAUGAAUGGUCUUGCUGUCAGCGAUACAACGGCCAUCAAAGCUGAGUCGGAAAUCAUCGGUAUCACGCAGAAAGUAUUUCUCAUUAACAAGUACGAAAACGCACUGAAGACAUCAAAACCAAUCCGAUGCAUUACCGAACGUCUGGCAUGGAUAUUUCCCUCGAACAGUUUGCAGCUAUUCUCGAAUACCGAGCCACUAAAGUACAUUGCGGUGAAGCCAAACCAAUCGAAUGCGAUCAUGAUACCAGCGCGUGUGUCACGGUACACUCACAACGCAGAGCAUGGUGAUCUUGAGCUUGGGAAUGAGUUGGAAGGUAAAACAUUGCUGGAACGCAAUCAGAAGUAUGGCACCGAAUGUUGCAUUAUGCCAUGCCUGAGCAAUAUGGAUGGUAAAAUAGUGAAAUAUGCGCUGGAGAUUCUUCACUCACGGCAAGAGAACAUAGGAUCGAUCGAGUAUCGUUUGUCGCGUAUGGAGCAAACUAUCGAACAAAUGGCUCAGAAACAAAAGGAAUUCGGAAAACUAAUGCAAACACUAGUUACUACGCUACAACCACAGUCUUAG